AUGUCCGACCACAGCGAAGCUUACGAGCUGCAUAAAGUGGACAAAGAUGUGCAGUUGACGGUCAACCGCUUUGGAAACCAUAAAACCAGCGAUCAUGCGGAAUCAGGUUAUGGCGCAGCCUCGAAUGUGGGCGGAAAUGGACAAACGAUCGAGAGCGUGACAAGAGUUCGGAGGUUGUUCAGCUUCUCCCAGAUCUUUGCCUUUUCUUUGACCUUUAUGAGCACAUGGGAAGGAAUGAAUACGAAUAUGUUUUUUGCUCUUUACAACGGAGGUCCGCAGACGUUUGCCUGGAGCGUCGUGAUUGUCUAUUUUGGGGCUAUCGCACAAGCAGCAUCCAUCGCCGAGAUGGCAUCAACGAUUCCUAUUGCCGGCGCCCAGUACCACUGGACAUACAACCUCGCGCCGUCGAAUAUAAAAAGAUUCAUCACCUGGAUGCAGGGCUGGAUGACGUGGUUUGGAUGGGUUUCUUUGCUCGCCGGCAUCGCAAAUAUCACCGCUAUCAUUCUGCAGCAGUUGGCGAUGCUCAAUCAUCCCAGCUACGUCCCCGAGACCUGGCACAUCACACUGAUCAUGAUCGCCAUCCUGCUCGUCCAGGGUCUGAUCAAUUCUUUCGGCACGACCUUUGCUGUGGUGCCCUGGCUUGAGCUUGUGGCGGGAAUAUUGCACGUCUGUCUGUUUAUCCUGUUUCUGGUUGUGUUGGUUGUCAUGGGCAGCCGCCACAGCGCCGAGUUCAUCUUCUUGGAACGGUCCAUAUCCUCAGGCUGGACGGACACGUAUAUUGCGUGGAAUCUGGGGAUGCUCACCUGUGCGUGGAGUUUCACUGGAUUUGACGAUUCGUGCCAUCUCAGUGAGGAAACAAAGAAGGCUCCUCAGGCGGUGCCACGCGCAACAUUCUGGUCAAUCGCCCUGAAUGGUGUCCUUGCAUACGCCAUGGUGAUUGCCAUCCUCAGUGCCAUGGGACCCAUUGACGAAGUGCUCAACUCUGGUUUCCCCAUCAUCACCAUCCUUCUCCGCGUUACUGGGUCUGUCAAAGCGACCACUGCGAUGGUUUGUGGACUUUUUGUUAUUUCGUUCUGUGUUAACAUUGCGUCCAUCGCCUCAGUGUCGCGACUGACUUGGGCUUGGUCCCGGGAUGGUGGGUUACCUCGAUGGUUCGCGCUUGUGGACUCGACCCACCAUGUGCCAAUACGUUCAAUCUGGCUCUCGCUUGUCGUUGUCAUGCUGCUGUCGCUCCUCAACAUCGGCUCCACGACCGCAUUUGGAGCCAUCACGGCACUGUCCUCGCUAGCGCUGUACUUUUCGUAUGGCACUGCCAUCUCAGCAAUGCUGUUGGCGCGUUGGACCUCGUCGCACGGAGGCAAACCUCUCGAGCUGGGCGGAUGGAACUUGGGCCGGUACGGGGUCUACAUCAACAGCUUCGCGCUCGUCUACACGCUGUACAUCAUGGUGUUCCUGCCGAUUCCGAGCACGCUACCCGUGACCGCAUCGAACAUGAACUACGCGGGACCGAUCUUCCUGUUUGUGUUUUUCUUCGCCAUCGCCUUGUGGUUCCUGCGCGCGCGGAAGCACUGGCCCGGUCCGAACGUCGCCGUCAUCGAUUUCGUCAAGGCGCAGGAAUAA